CGAAUCGUCGAAACGCCCAAGAUCGAUGGAGACGACCCGUGAAGAAAAAACCUAUUGCAAACCAAAUCUUGUUAUUAUUGACCAUUUGAAAUUGAUUUUACAAGGAAAUAAUUAUUUGGCACUAACAGAAAUAAAUGUUUAAACGAAAAAUCAAGCCUUCGAAUGGGUCCAAUCUCUCAAAUUCUCGAGCAAUUACUCUCGCUGCAGUCUGGAUGUUGAAACGGUUCAUAAAUCGAUGCAACUCUAUCUCCAUUGGGUUGGUGGAUUGACAAAUAUUUUCUAAAUAAAUUCUUCUAUGUUGAUCUGUGCUAUGCAGACACUUACAACUGACUGAACAUUUAGCUGGUUAAUGAGAUUGUUCCGUAUUUACAAAGUAACUAAAUACUUAGAUAGUUGACCUUUAAUAUAUUGCCCCGUUAUAUUUUACAAUUUUACUCUCCACUAAUGAGAAGAAUACUUAGUUAGUCGUGUACAACAAGUUCUGUUGCAGUUUACAGCCAACAAUGCGUGUUAAGUAAAUGCAUGAAUCACUCAGGGUACAAGUCGCGACAAUACGCAUUUUCAUCCUUCAAAUGACAAAAGGGUUAUUUUUAUUCGGUUUUCAAGUAGAAGUAUUAAUAAAUGGGACUGUGUUUUGUCAUUUUCAAUACCAACCACGUCUAAAAUUAGAGUAAAACAUUAGUCAGUAAAUGUAAAUCUAGUUGUUCUAUGGUCCAUGAAAUGAAAGUAUAUUUUUACCAGUGGCGAUUUACAAGUGCAGAUAUUUAUUAAAAUAUUUAAUUUGAAAGGCAUAGCCCAGUUUAAACAGAGCAGUAAAUACAUGCACAAUUAUUUUCAGCAUGUUGUUAACUACUCGUGAAUUUUUUAUAUAAAAGGAAAUGAUGAUAUUCCACAAUUCUGCCAAGCAUGCUUGUUCACUUUUUGGUCUUGAUUAAUUCUGCGGCAUAAUCGCCGUGUCACUGAAUACUCAUCAUGCAUCACCCUCUCGUCAAAUUUAACUACAAUUUUAACUGCACCAUAAAUAGCAAAUAAAUGAUGAUGCUUAAUGAAAGCCAUGGAUUGAAAUAUUAUUCAGUUGCAAUUUAAAUGAUUGCUGGUCUGAUUAUUUAGUUUUUUUGUAGGCAGUGUGAUUUACAAAUUUUUAAAGAAUGAGAAGUAAAUUCAGUUUUGUUGGAGCCUUUUUUAUUUUAAUACUCAACUCUUUCGCAGAGUCUUUUAGAUUUUAUGACCUCCCAGAAAUUAAAGUAGAGAAAUGGAUUGCUUCUUCGGUUUGGGAACUUGAAGAGAAUUUUGAACAGUGGCAUUUCGAACAGUGGAACUCUGACUUUACGGAUAUUCCUCAGGACGCGAUUAAAAUUAUUGAAAGAGGUGCGACAAUAGUUGUUUCGCAGCAUAUUUCAGGGUUGGGAAUUGUUUGCAAUGCUUCGUACCCUGUCGAAUGGACAUUUGAUCAAGCCGAGCAUGCUGACGAGGAAGUUUACAAUAUUUUUAUGAAAACUGCUCGAGAGUCGCAGGAUAUCAGUAAUCCAAGGGGUGAUCGAUUCAUAGCAAUUCUUGAACUGUUUGGCGAUAACCCCACGAUCACGGGAAAUUACACGUGUCGAGGAUUGAAUACUGGGAUGGAGAAAAGCGUUUUCGUAUUUUGGGAUGGCAGCUCGCCACCCUUUCUCACUCUUUCGGGACGCACAGUUCAUGUUUAUCCAGAAGAUAACAAGUUAAUACUUCCAUGUUUCGUUUCGCAGCCUGAGAUACCGGUUACUUUGAGCUAUGAGACAAAUGGCACAUUUCAGCAAAUUUCUGAAGGAGGCGGAGUAAAAUAUGAUCCCAAGGUCGGAUUUAUUCUAAAUUUGAACGCAUUUCCGAAUAAGGAGGCACACGCCCGGUAUAAAUGCAACACUGAGGUGGAAGAUGAUGAAGUUAAUCUUAUUGUGGAGAGGGGACUCCGACCACAAAAACAUUUUACUGAACUCAUCUCUCCCGGAACUGGAAUUUUCUACGAUCCUGAACAGUCAGCGAUUGUUUGCUGUGCUCGAAAAGGACAGCCUCCACCAAGUCUGCAUAAUAUAUUUUGUGUAAAUCCCAGCACGUGUAAAAUGAAGGAACACAAAUUAUACCGGGCCGGUAACAAUGGAAAGAAGAUUAUCAACGGAAGCUGUAUUUCUGAUAAGGUGUAUAUGCGAGAUUACGGAAUUUUGCGGUGUAAGGGAGAUGGAAUCGAUAUAUUCAGGACAGUUUAUACAGACUUUGGAUCUUUGAUUCAAGAACCACAAGGGAUUUAUUUUAACUUUAAAGACGUUGUCCCAGAAAAAAUGAUGCAUUUAACUGUUCAUGAUCAUGCCCCAUAUUAUCACAUGCAAACAAUCUCUGUUACAUGUGAGGGAAUGAACUCGUAUUUUUCCGAUGGUCAUAAGUGGUCAGUCCGAUGGAGGAACAAUUCAGUGACGAGUUAUCAACCGAUCGAAUAUAUCGAUGAUGCGCACAUUCACGGACUACGUUUCGUAGAUGUCCACUUACAUUGGAAAAUGCUCGAAUUAAUUUGCCACAUCCCAGUUUGGAAUACUACCGAUUGGGUCAGCAGAUCUGUCAAAUUGGAUGUUCAAAAAUCAUCCCCACCAGCAAUAGCAGGCGAAUCAUUGCAGCAUUUCACCUUUGCCUUGAACGAGACAGAAAAACUGCUCGAAUGCAAUUCUGCAGCUAAACCAGCAGCUUCAGUGACAUGGACGAAAAAUGGGGAAGACAUCCCAAAAAAUAUGAUAAUUUUAAACGAAUCUGGAACCUCGGUUAUAAUGAUUCGCAGAAUUACUCACGAUUCAGCAGCAGAAUACAAAUGCAUUGCGAAAAAUAUUGUUGGCGAAACUACAAAAAUUAUUCGUGUAUUUGUGGAAGAUAAUUCGUCCUCGUCUUCGUCAGCUUGGGGAACUACUGCAGCCGUUUUGGUGCCAUUGUUGAUCGUUGGCUUCGUUCUAACUGCAGGAGGAUUGUUCUGGAAAAUGCAACUUCAAAAGAAAAUUGUGAAUCAUUUGUCUCGUGUGGUAUUUAGAGAUUCUGAACGACAAAAUGAGUAUCCGGCUUGAAUGAAUGCUUAUACUGGCAAUUUUAUUUUUUAACUUGGAGUGAAUGUAUAAAAAACAUGGAAUAAUAAAAGUUAAUAUAUUUCAAA